CUUAUUCUCAUAAGGUCGUGGUGCCGUCUUGUCGGGGUCAUACCGGGCGAAGUCGAUCUUCAGGGCGUCGAUAAUGAGAAGGACAACCUUGCGGAAGCGCGGCUGAGCUCGACAGAAGUCCACCGGCUCCUCUCCGGGCUCGAGCACGUCUCCGCAGGUGCUGGUUCUGUUAACCUCCAACCUGACCAGCAAAAAUCCACCCACGAACAGGUAGAUGCCCACGAAGAACACCGCACACAUCCAGAAAAGCAGGGACAGCACAGGCAGCCCCUUCAUCCUACAUGCACAGUGAAGAAAGCCAAACUCCAGGGACCACCAGAUAAGUUCAACACCUAUGUGACGCUGAAAGUGCAAAAUGUUAAAAGCACAACUAUCACUGUGCGUGGGGACCAGCCCUGCUGGGAGCAAGAUUUCAUGUUUGAGAUCAACCGGCUGGACCUCGGCCUCAUUGUUGAGGUGUGGAACAAAGGUCUCAUCUGGGACACCAUGGUGGGGACUGCAUGGAUUCCAUUAAAAAGUGUCCGACAAUCAGAGGAGGAGGGCUCAGGUGAGUGGCUUUUCCUGGAUGCAGAGGUCCUGAUGAAAGCUGAUGAGAUGUACGGCACGAAGAACCCGACGCCUCAUCGAGUCCUGCUAGAUACUCGUUUCGAACUGCCUUUUGAUAUCCCGGAUGAUGAGGCGCAGUAUUGGACUGGCAAACUUGAGCGCAUCAACAGAAUGGGAAUCCAUGAUGAGUACUCUCUUCAGGAAGAUGUUCAGAGUCACCCAUUGCCAUUUGCAGCUUCCCAGUGCUGCAACUAUUUCGGAUGGGCUGAUUCACUGACCUUGGAUGACCAGGACAGUGCUGUAGAUGACCGGGAUAGCGAUUACCGCAGUGAGACCAGUAACAGUUUGCCUCCACGUUACCACACAACUGCUCAGCCCAACUCAUCUAUGCACCAGUACCCGAUGGGGCCUCGGCCACAGCAUCGCCCGGAUGGCUGCGCAGACUCUGUCCACAGUUUCGACCUGGACUACAGGGACCCAAGAGGAAGCAGUCCAGUGGAAAGUAGUCGCUUUGGGUCAUCAGGAAAUCUUAGCCAGACCAGCUCCCAGCUUAGUGAGACUGGCCACGAGAGCACUGGAGGAUCAGAACUGGAGGAGUCCUUCCACUCCUAUCAUAGUACUGGUUUUCACCCUUCUACCAAUGGGCAGCUACGCACAAAUGGCACAAAUCUCUCCAUCAAUGGACACUCUGUGGUCAGUGAGCGGGAGAUGGAUAGGCUGUCCCCUGACAAAAGACAGAACUUGAAAAGUGAUACUACAGCAGAGACAGGAUCCCCUAAACUCCACAGACCUAGUUUCCAUGAUGAUGGACCACCAUUACCCUUUUCCCAAUCCAGACUUCAUUGGAUGAAGGCCAUCACUAAAGUCAGAGUUCAACUGCGGGAGGUCAGAGAUGUUGAACCCAGUACUCGACAGGCAUGGGUCAAAACGGGUGGAGGCUCUGGUCUGUACGGAAUUGACAGUAUGCCAGACCUUCGUAAAAAGAAGCCUAUCCCAUUGGUCAGCGAUGUGGCUAUGUCCCUUGUCCAAGCCAGGAAGGCAGGGAUCGCAUCUGCAAUGGCUGCUCGAUCAUCAAUUAAGGAUGAGGAACUGAAAAAUCAUGUCUACAAGAAGACCCUGCAGGCUCUUAUCUACCCCAUAUCCUGCACCACGCCACAUAACUUCGAGGUGUGGACAGCAACUACACCUACAUACUGCUAUGAGUGUGAGGGGCUCCUGUGGGGAAUCGCCCGGCAAGGCAUGCGUUGUUCUGAGUGUGGUGUCAAGUGCCAUGAAAAGUGCCAAGAAUUACUGAAUGCUGACUGUCUGCAGCGUGCGGCAGAGAAGAGCUCUAAGCAUGGAGCUGAAGACCGCACUCAAAAUAUCAUCAUGGCCAUGAAGGACAGGAUGAAGAUCAGGGAAAGGAACAAACCAGAAAUCUUUGAGCUGAUCAGGGAAGUGUUUGUCAUCAGCAAAGCCAUCCAUGCACAGCAGAUGAAAACCAUCAAACAAAGCGUAUUGGACGGGACGUCAAAGUGGUCAGCCAAGAUCACAAUCACAGUUGUUUGUGCACAAGGACUUCAGGCAAAAGACAAGACAGGAUCCAGUGAUCCGUAUGUCACUGUUCAGGUGGGCAAGACCAAGAAGAGAACAAAGACCAUCUAUGGCAACCUCAAUCCAGUCUGGGAGGAAAAGUUCCAUUUUGAGUGCCACAAUUCCUCAGACCGAAUCAAAGUGCGAGUGUGGGAUGAAGAUGAUGACAUCAAGUCCAGAGUGAAGCAGCGUCUGAAGAGGGAAUCUGACGAUUUCCUGGGACAGAGCAUCAUUGAAGUCCGAACGCUGAGCGGAGAAAUGGAUGUCUGGUAUAACCUGGAGAAGAGGACAGACAAAUCAGCUGUGUCUGGUGCCAUUCGCCUCCAAAUCAACGUGGAGAUCAAAGGAGAGGAGAAAGUGGCUCCAUAUCACGUGCAGUACACUUGUUUGCAUGAGAACUUGUUCCAUCAUUCAACUGAUGUUCUUGGUCAAGGUGUGGUAAAAAUUCCAGAGACUCGUGGAGACGAUUCUUGGAAAGUCUACUUUGAUGAUGUGGGACAGGAAGUAGUGGAUGAAUUUGCCAUGCGCUAUGGGAUCGAGUCCAUCUACCAGGCCAUGACGCACUUUGCCUGUCUGUCUUCUAAGUACAUGUGUCCUGGAGUCCCUGCAGUGAUGAGCACCCUGCUGGCCAAUAUCAAUGCCUUCUACGCCCACACAACAGCCUCCACCAAUGUGUCCGCCUCCGACCGCUUUGCUGCUUCUAAUUUUGGGAAAGAACGCUUUGUCAAGCUCUUAGACCAGCUGCACAACUCCUUACGCAUUGACCUUUCUAGUUAUAGGAAUCACUUCCCUGCCAGCAGCAAGGAUCGCCUGCAAGAUCUGAAAUCCACUGUGGACCUUCUAACCAGCAUUACCUUUUUCAGGAUGAAGGUCCAGGAGUUACAGUCUCCGCCCAGAGCCAGUCAAGUUGUGAGGGAUUGUGUCAAAGCUUGCCUCAACUCUACAUACGACUACAUUUUCAAUAACUGCCACGAGCUGUACAGCAGACAGUACCAGCCUGUGGACACGAACAAGGAGGAGCUUCCUCUGGAGGAGCAGGGUCCAAGCAUUAAGAAUUUGGACUUCUGGCCCAAACUCAUCAUGCUCAUUGUUUCCAUUAUUGAAGAAGACAGAAACUCCUACACACCUGUACUGAACCAGUUCCCUCAAGAACUUAAUGUAGGAAAGGUGUCAGCAGAGGUCAUGUGGACAUUGUUUGCACAGGACAUGAAGUAUGCUAUGGAAGAGCAUGAGAAGCACAGGCUGUGUAAGAGCACAGACUACAUGAACCUGCACUUCAAGGUCAAGUGGCUCUACAAUGAAUAUGUCAAGGAGCUGCCAGUCUUUAAGGGUGUUAUACCUGACUACCCAUCAUGGUUUGUGCAGUUUGUGCUACAGUGGUUGGACGAAAAUGAGGAAGUAUCUAUGGAAUUUAUGCACGGAGCCCUGGAAAGAGACAAAAAGGAUGGAUUCCAGCAGACAUCUGAGCAUGCUCUGUUCUCCUGCUCUGUGGUGGACAUCUUCACCCAGCUCAACCAGAGCUUUGAGAUUAUCAAGAAACUGGAAUGUCCUGAUCCGAGGGUCAUGGCUCAGUAUAGUCGCCGCUUUUCCAAGACAAUUGCCAAAGUUCUUCUGCAGUACAGUGCCAUGCUGACCAAGAAUUUUCCGUCUUAUAUUGACAAAGAGAAGAUUCCCUGUGUAUUAAUGAAUAAUGUUCAGCAGUUAAGAAUCCAGCUGGAAAAGAUGUUUGAGUCAAUGGGUGCCAAACAGAUUGCAAUACAAGAAGCAUGGCAAAAUGAAAUCAUAGAAGAGGAGGAAGAAGAAGAAGAGCAGGUUGCAAUUGAGGAUGAAGCAAAGGCUCCGUCUGACAUGGAGAAGAUGGAUGCACCAGUAGAAAAGACUGAAAAUGCAUUUGAAGACAAAAAGAUGGACACAGAGGCUUGUGACUUGCUGAAUGACCUGCAGGUGAGGCUGAACAAUGUGCUGGAUGAUCUAAGUAGAACCUUUGGGAACAGUUUCCAGACUCGCAUCAACGAGUGUAUGCGACAAAUGGCAUCUUUGCUGUACCAGAUCAAAGGACCGGUCAAUGCCAACAACAAAAACCAGGUAGAGGCUGACUCUGACAACAUGCUACGGCCACUCAUGGACUUCCUGGAUGGAAAACUGACACUGUUUGCUACUGUGUGUGAGAAGACUGUAUUGAAGCGUGUGCUCAAGGAGCUAUGGAGGAUUGUAAUGACCAGCCUGGAGAAGACUAUUGUCCUGCCACAGGGCAAUGAUACCUUUGGAGCACAGAUUCUCUCAGCUGCAAAAGAACUGGGUCAGCUCUCCAAACUCAAGGAUCACAUGGCAGGGGAGGCUAAAAGCCUGUCUCCCAGGCAGUGUGCUGUCAUGGAUGUGGCACUGGACACGAUUAAGCAAUAUUUCCAUGCAGGAGGGAACGGGCUGAAGAAGGCAUUCCUAGAGAAGAGUCCUGAGCUGUCCUCACUCCGCCACGCUCUGUCUCUCUAUACUCAGACAACAGACACACUCAUCAAGACAUUUGUGACCACACAGCAAGCACAAGUGCACAAUGGAAAGGGUAUUAGGUUAACUCCCAAUGAAAAAAUACAACCCAGCAGGGGAUCAGGUGUGGACAAACCAAUUGGAGAGGUGUGUAUCCACAUUGAGCUUUACACUCAUCCAAAGAGUGGAGAGAGGAAAGUUACUGUUAAAGUUGUGGGGGCCAGUGACUUAAAAUGGCAGACGUCUGGCAUGUUCAGACCCUUUGUGGAGAUCACCAUGAUCGGUCCUCACCUCAGCGACAAGAAACGGAAGUUCCAGACCAAGUCCAAGAACAACAGCUGGUCUCCCAAGUUCAAUGAAACCUUCCAUUUUGUUCUGGGUAACCAAGAUGGCUUUGAGUGCUAUGAGUUGCAAGCAUGCGUCAAAGAUUAUUGUUUUGGUCGUGCCGACCGGGUGGUGGGUUUGGUCGUGCUGCAAUUAAGAGACAUCAUGGAGAAAGGCAACUGUGCCUGCUGGUGCCCUCUUGGACAGCGCAUAUACAUGGACGACACAGGCCUCACUGCCUUGCGAAUCCUCUCUCAAAGGUCCAAUGAUGAUGUGGCCAAGGAAUUUGUGAGGUUGAAGUCAGAAACUCGAUCAGCAGAGGAGGGCAGAUGAGGAUAUCUGGAGAACAAGAGGGAAAACAAAAGGAUGGAAAAUCUUCUCAGAUUUUUAUUGUAGAUGACCAUGUGGACUCUUUCUUGGACCUUUGAUGUGUCUUAGCUGCUGUUGACUGUUUGGUAGUGGGUUGCCAUUUCUCUUACAUCACUGUUAUGUUCUCAUCUUGGUUUUUUUUGUUUGUUUGGUUUUUGACCAACAGUCACUUUGCAGUGUUCCUCAAACAUCCAUAUUAUUUGCUUUUCAGCAAACAGCCACAUUAACACUGGCUCACUCAAGCUUCACACUCAACAGCUGUUUCACAGGUUAGUGACCACUUACCCAACUACUUAACCUUAUUUGUAGCUCCUUUGUCAUCAGCCGGAGCAGCACGGGGAGCAUGUCAUAGCCUCAAGGGAGCAGAUCAUGCUAGGUCCUGCUGAAGGGCCAAACAAAUCUCUGCACCUCCCUGGUGUUAUUGUGCAAUAACCCCACCUCACCCCCAAACUGUGGCCAAGUGUUUUAUGCCUUACACUCUGCAAACUGUGAAUAUGUGAAGUAAAAUAGGCUUUUAAAAACUGUAUUCUUUAUCUCCUUGGGUGAUGGUUUGGGUAAAUGUGAAACUACUAUGUUUUAUCUUAUAAAGGAGUGUUUUGUUUGAUGAAUGAACGAGCACUAGCUAGGAUACAAUCCUGGUCAAGUACUGACAUACUUUAUGAAAUGAAGGUACUUAAAGUAAUAAACCUUAAUUUUGCUAAUUUCACAGAUCAAUUUGAAGGAUUAAUUGGUUUAAUGUGUGCCUUGCCAUGUGAAGUUUCCAGCCCUAUCUCCCUGGGAAAAGGAAUAGCUAAAUAUAAAACCUGAGGGAAUAAAAAUCAGUAACAAUAAGGUUUAGCUAAAAUCCUCAUGAAAAUUCACUGUGGAAGUUUAACAAGAGUGCUAUUUGAGCCAUAUUUAUUUAGCUCAUGUGGCCUAGUAUAACCAUGAUGGUGUAACCGUUUUAUUUAUUUUAUAUACAUAUUUAUUUUUGUGUUUCAAAACUUGUGAUGGAAUUAUUGUUUACCACCAAAAAUGGACGUAUUUACCACGACAGUGUCUAAGGAUUUGAACAGUGGUUGGCCUAAGCUGCUGAUGUAGCCUAAAUUGGGCCUGAAUUGCAGCUUCAUUACAAGUUGAAAUACACACCCUCAAACUAAAAGUGACAAGCAAGUGCUUGUCAUGCAAUUAAUAACCAAGUUAACCAUGUGUGUCCUUGAUUUAAGAGAUAAUUGUCUUGUUGAAUUAUUCAUUUAGAUGUUGAACUUUCUUCCAAAAAGUAAAAUCUGCAUAUCUGGACAAAUAUUUAAAGUUUACAUAUAUAAUUCUGUCCUGUUUUCUUCUACUCUUUGGAGUGGCCUUACUUUGAUGAAAAGAUAAUAAAUAAAGAAAAGUAAACUUUUUUUGUUUUGUUUUGUUUUUCUUUUUAUUGCUUUUUUUAAAACCCUCGUAUUUCCUUUAGCUUACAGCAAUGAUGACUAGCUUCUUCUUUGCCCAUAUAAAUUUCCAUUGUCCAGUUUUCCAAGUGAUUUUCAAUUUUUAUUGGGUGUAUUUAUCUGGGUUAGGUUUUCUUUGGAAUGUGUUAUAGUUAGUGUUACUUUAUUCUUUCUGAUGUUAUAAAAGCUUUCCUUGGUCCUCUUUAUUAGUUUAGGAUGGGUUUGUUUCAGUUGUGUGGGCUGAAGUAAUGUGCGUCAGUGUUGUGAUGUGAUGGAAAAUGUGAAUGUUAGACUUAAUGAAGAAUGAGUAUUGCUCUAUUAUAAAACCCUCAGUGCGUGCACAUUGUGAAACUCGUCACAACCACAACUCAAGGCUCCUCUUUGUUACAGUGUAUUAACCCCUGUGAAUAAUUAACGUUAUUGGUUUAAGAGGGUCAAUGUUUCACAGCCAUUCUCUAAGCUACAUGUUCCUUGUGCCAAGUUGCUACUGUUUUUUUUUUUUUUUUAAUUUUUGUGUUUUCAAAAUUUUUAAACCCCUGUGCUAUCACUAAAUCACUGCUGUAGUUAUCAAGUACAGUAUGUAAAACACUGUACUUCAUUAUUUGUGUAAUCUGUCAUUAUUGUAAACUGUUGUUGCCAUGUAAACAUUCCAAAUAAUGAGUUUUGUAUAAAAUAUUUACUAAG